AUGUCUCAAUCUAAUUCCACUGAUAAUCAUAAUAAUAAUAAUAAUAAUCCAAUAAAUCAAACAUCAAUCAAUCAUGAAGAAUUUAUUCAUUCUAGAUUAAAUAGUAUAAUCCCAGAAUGUAAUCAUGUAAAAAUUGAUUAUGAUUUAUGCUUUGAAGAAUUUUUUCCAAAAUUUUUAAAUGGUUCUACAUUCCAUUAUGAUCCAUGUGAAAAAAAAUUAAAAAUUUAUCAAAAAUGUUUACGUAAUGCAUUAAAAAAUUCAUUAAAUAUUGAUUUAAAUGAAUUAGAUUCUAUGAGAACCGAUGCAGAAACAAUUCAAAAAAUAACCAAUCAAAAUAUAAAAUAA